AAUCCAAACUCAGUCAUGACAUGAGUGUUAACCAAAAAGAAACUAUCUGCGUCUAAACGAUGUCGUUUGCCGGUCAACUGUUUAACAUCCCCGCGGUGUGUUCCGUCGCGCCUCCUGUUGAAGACCCGGACCCGGAAGUUCCGCUCCGGAAUCUGUCGAUGGUCCGAACGAGAAUGGAUUCGCUGCAGUGCUUCCUCACCGAAUCGAUCAACGCCAACGCUCUGAUCAGCAAGGACCAGAUGGACAUGGUCUCAGCCGGAAUCGCCUCUGCGAUCCGCGAAACCAUCUCAAACGGCGCCGCUUUGUUGGCCUGCUCUCAGAACCUGGGAGACACAUCCGACCCGACCCGAACACCAGCCGCCAACAACGAAGCAGCUACAGAGGUCAAGAAAGAGGAAGAGAACGAUUUCCAAAACGACGAUGCGGAGGGCGAGAUCGUGGAGGUGGACGCGAUGGAGCUGCUGGCGGAGCACAUCCACUACUGCGAGAUUUGCGGAAAGGGGUUCAAGCGAGACGCGAAUUUGAGGAUGCACAUGCGGGCCCACGGGAACAGGUUCAAGACGCCCGAGGCCUUGGCCAAACCAGACAAGAACCCGGCCGAGCCGAGCCGGAAGACCCGGUUCUCGUGCCCUUAUAUCGGGUGCAACCGGAACAAGGGGCACGUGAAGUUUCGGGCGCUGAAAUCGGUGAUCUGCGUGAAGAAUCAUUUCAAGCGAAGCCACUGCCCGAAGAUGUACUCGUGCAAUCGCUGCAACAAGAAGAGCUUCUCGGUCGUGGCGGAUUUGAAGAGCCACCUGAAGCACUGCGGCGAGGCGCGGUGGCGCUGCACGUGCGGCACGAGCUUCUCGAGGAAGAGCAAGCUGUUUGGGCACAUGGCCUUGUUUGAAGGGCACAUGCCGGCGGUUGAGGACGAGAAGAGUGUUAAGGCUGCGGCGGCUAUGGAUCAGGAUGAGGAUGAGGAGGAAGAGGUGGAGGAGAAUACGACGUCGUUUAAAGGACGGGAAAUGGGGUCGAAUUUUUAUGAGGAUGUCGAAUUUUCUGAGUUGCUUGGAGGGUUUGGUUCCAUUGAUGGGUAUUUUUUGGAGGAUAUGUUGGUGGACUUGUGACAGUGGUGAUGAUGAUGAUAAGAUGAACAAGUGAAAAACACUCAAAAAUUUAAGGUGAUUGUAAGGAUUGCAAUGGCUGCAACAAUGGUUUUGUAGUGAAGAUUUGAGCUAAUUUUUUGAUUACGAAAUGCG